AUGACAACAAAUUUUGAAAAUGACACAUGUUCAGAUCCAUUUCAUCCAAUUAAUAAUUAUCUUGAAAUUGAAUGUUUAGCAACGUCAAAUGGUAAAAGUGGUGUAUUUCCUGCUAGAUUUUGUGUUAAAAUAUUCGGUACUGUUGUUGAUGUUGAUCGAAAUGUCAAUCGUUCAUUAUUACAUAAAAGUCUUUAUCUACGAACAUGUAUUAUAGAUAAUAUUAUGGAUUCAACACGAUCAUCUGAUUCAACAGGAAAUUUUCGUUUAAAAAAUUUUAAUCAUAUCAAAGGUGUACGAAUGCAAGGUACAAUAACAUUAUGUUCACAUGAUGGUUGUAAUCAAGCAACUUUAUUAGCUGUAAAUUUAAUGACAAUUUUAGUUUUUCUGUUUUUUUUGCUGAUUUAUCAAUUAAAAUAA